AUGGCGGUGGGGUGCACUGCGCUCUGGAGUCGCCAUCCAGGUCCUUCCGGUGUGGUGUCUUCAUUCCAUAUGCAGAUGCAGGAGAGCAUUCAAUUGCGCCUGCCGGUUCGGGAGUCCCGUGGCAUUGGGUACUUGAGGGGUCAAAGACGCCACAUUGCCGCCCGCACGCCUGCCAUUGGCACUGCGACAAGUCUAGUACAACUGCCCUCCCUCUCCCUCUUCGCUGGUCGCAAUGUUUCUCCGUGUCCUGCCAAACAUUUUGUUACAGCCCGAUGGGUGACGCUUCAGGGGCCUCAAUCAGCACUCAACUCGCUUGCACGUGCGCCCGCUGACUCAGACACUCGUCCAAACCCAUCCCCUGCGAAGCCCACUUUGGCCAUGGCCACUCUCGGCACACCAAACCACGUACGGUUUCAUACUACCGGCGUGACGUCAUUCGCCAUGGUUGUACAAAAUAAUUUCAUCCUGCAGCAUCGCCCGAUGCACAUGUUGCAUUUCGUGGUUUUUUCCAUGACGUGGGCUGCUUCGGCCCGUUGUAGAGCCAGAAGAUGCUGGUAG